AUGGCCAACACAGCAACUUCGACCGGAGGUGUCCUGGCCUGGGGCAACGAUGAUGCCGCCGCCGCCACAAUCCAGCGCGCCACGCGGUGCUGGCUCGUGCAGCGGCGCGCAGCGCGCGAGCGCGCCACCGCAGCGGCAGACGCGCGGUACGCCGCGGUCAUGCGCCGCCAUGGCCAGCGCAUGCAGCAGCUGGAGCUAGAGAAGCGGCGCCUGGCGGACACCGCGCCCGAGGCGCUGGCGGAGGCCGACGCGAGGCGGGCGGCGGCAGCGGCGCGGAUCCAGGCCGCGUGGCGCGGGCGCGCGUGUCGGCGGCGCGCGGGCGGCGGGCAGCAGGAGCGUCUGAGCUCGCAGCUGCAGCACCUGCCCGCGCUGGCGGACCUUUCCCCUGGCGCAGCGUGCCCGUUCAGCUCCCUGUCCUCCCCGUGCGGCGGCGACGGCGACGACGGCGGGGUGCGGCGGGCGCGGGCCUGCCAGGCCCAUGCCCUGGCGCUCGCGGAGGCGCGCGUUGGCAGCAAGUGGUGGCUACCGCUGCGGCGCCUGAACAGUCAGCAGCGGGCGGCGGCGGCGGCGGCGGCGGCGUCCUCGGCCGCGGCCGCGGCGGCCACGAGCGGGGCGGCGUGCGACGAGGACGCGGCCGGCCAGGCGUGGGAGCAGGAGGACCACGCGUGGCGUAGGAACUGGCAGCGGAUCGUGCGGGAGGAGGCGGCGCGGCCGUCUGGGUUGGCGGCCAAGAGAGGGCCCCUGCGGAUUGAGUACAGCCUGGAAAGCUGCGGUGGAUGA